CGGACCUGGGGGCGUCCCGGCCGGCCGAGCGGGGCUUAAGCAGCCGAAGGGGAGGCCCAAAGCCGCGGUCUGGGCGGUAGACUGUCCCUGAGCGGGGAGGCUCGAGGGCCCGAGGGGCGGGGGCGGGGCGGGGCCUGCGGAAGGAGGCUGCAUGUCCAGGCCGCGGCGGGUGGCUGCUCUGCUGGGACUCGGGCUGCUCCUGUCCAGGGCGGCGGGCGCGGGACACUGUCCGGCCCGGCUCUGGCCUCCGCCUCCCCGCGCCAUGCAGAGCGCCGCGCCGGGCCUGAAGUUCCUGGGGCAGAAGGAAGCCCAGGCCAUCGACCAGGAGCUCUUCCAGGAGUACGGAUUCAGUGUGGACCAGCUGAUGGAGCUGGCGGGCCUCAGCUGCGCCACGGCCGUUGCCAAGGCAUACCCAGCCAGCAGCUUCACCAGCAGCCAGCCAGCAGUGCUGAUCGUGUGCGGCCCUGGGAACAACGGCGGAGAUGGACUAGUUUGUGCCCGUCAUCUGAAAAUGUUUGGCUACCAGCCGACUCUCUAUUAUCCUAAGCGCCCCAACAAGCCGCUUUUUGAAGGUUUAACCACCCAGUGUAAGAAGAUGGAGAUCCCGUUCCUGACAGAGUUUCCCUCUGAAGCUGCCCUCAUCGACGAGGCCUACGGUCUGGUGGUGGAUGCCAUCUUUGGGUUCAGCUUCCAGGGCGCCGUGCGGGAGCCUUUUGGGGCCAUCCUGGGCACCUUGGAGAAGGUGACCAUCCCUGUGGUCAGCAUCGAUAUUCCUUCUGGCUGGGACGUGGAGAAGGGCAACCCUGGCGGGCUGCAGCCGGACAUGCUGAUCUCGCUCACGGCCCCCAAGGCGGCGGCCCGGCACUUCCAGGGGCGCUACCAUUUCCUGGGGGGCCGGUUUGUGCCCGAGGCCCUGCAGAAGAAGUACGCCCUCAACCUGCCGCCCUACCCAGAGACGGACUCGGUCCUGCGCCUCUCCUAGGGCCGGCCCAGCAGACCCACCUGCUGUGGGGGGCGGGGGCGGGCUGGAGGGGGCAACGCCCCUCCCCCCACCAUGGGCACGGAGUAGAGAUUUUGGUCCCAGAGCCAGCAAGAGCCUGGACUGGAUUGCAGCUCCUUGUUAGUGUCUCGAGGAGGCUUAGUGGACGCUUUAUAUAAAUUUUUGCCUUCCUUGAAUAAAACUAUGCCGGGGAAAACGCUCCUUCCGUCAUUUCUCAA